UACAAUGCCAACUCUCAUAAGCACUAUAGUCAUGAAGACGAAUACUAAAGCUAGAACUCUUUUUCCUACAACAUUUGUCUUUUUAUUUUUCCUUCAUCUUUCUUUUGUUUGUUGUCGAAAAAUAAUAAGCAGUAAUCGCGGUGAAAUUGGCUUCACUCUUGAUCUUAUCCAUCGCGAUUCUCCUCAAUCACCUUUUUACAACCCAUCAAACAGCGUUCGAGAUGCCUUCCAUCGAUCAUUUUCACGCGCUUCUUUUUUCCAAAAAAGUUCCUUUGCUUCUCCUGAUUCAAUCCAAUCGAGUAUUUCUCCCAUCCCGGGUGAAUAUCUUAUGAAACUAUCCAUUGGCACACCGCCUGUUGAAAUAGUAGCCAUCGCUGACACUGGUAGUGACUUAACAUGGACGCAAUGUCAGCCUUGCAUCAAUUGUUUCCAACAAUCAUACCCUCUUUUUGACUCAAAGAAAAGCUCUACUUAUAAAACCAUAGGGUGUGAUGCUCAAGAAUGUACAUCAAUUGGGAGUAGUUCUUCUUGUGUUAGUGGAAAUAAUGUUUGUGAAUAUCAAAUUAAUUAUGGUGAUAAUUCACACACUAUUGGUGACCUUGCUUUUGAUGUAUUCACUUUUCAUUCUACUUCUAGUGAAAAUGUUGCAAUUCCUAACGUUGCCUUUGGUUGCGGUCAUGACAACGGUGGAACGUUUAAUAAUCAUACUUCUGGUAUUAUUGGCUUAGGUGGUGGUGAAGUUUCAAUUAUCAAGCAAUUGGAUAAACAAAUCAACGGGAAAUUCUCUUAUUGUUUGAUCCCCAUCCAAUUGGAUUCAACAUCAAUAUCCAAUGUCACAAGUCACAUCAACUUCGGUAGUAAUGCCAUUGUGUCUGGUCCUGACGUUGUUUCAACUCCCUUGAUUAGAAUGGAAUCAUCCACGUUCUAUUAUCUAACCUUGGAAGGUGUCAGCGUUGGGAAUAAGACGUUGGAAUUCAAAUCUUCUAAAAUUGGCGGUUCUUAUGCUGGUGGUGAUGAAGGCAACAUUAUAAUAGAUUCUGGUACAACGUUGACACUUAUGCCUAGUGAGUUUUACGAGAAUUUGGAAUCUAUGCUGGUGGAUUCGAUCAAUGCUACUAGGAAGGAGGAUUCAUCGGGAACUUUUGGUCUGUGUUACGAUUCUGAUGAGAAUGGCACUAUCGAUGCUCCAACAAUUGUCGCACAUUUUACUAAUGCGGAUUUAGAGUUGUCUCCAUCGAGCACAUUUGCACAAGUGGAGAAAGGUUUGGUUUGUCUUACAAUAGUACCAGCAAAAGAAUUUGCUAUAUUUGGAAACUUGGCACAGGCCAAUUUCCUAAUUGGGUAUGAUCUUGUUGCCAACAAAAUUUCCUUUAAGCCUACAGAUUGCACUAACUACUAG